AUGGGAGAUGUAACGGAAAAGGGACCCCUUGUCGAGGAUUCUCCAGGAGACUCGCUGGCUUCGUAUCUGCCUAGGGUAGAUCAGUUUUAUAUACCAGAAUGGCUAACCAUGCAAUUUAUUGCCAACAACUUGAUUAGUUUCACACCGUUGUUUUCGUAUGGGUCUACUAUUAUUAGUAUUGAACGGUCAAAGACGGCAUUAGGAUUUUCUAUUGAUAUUUGCGCCACUAUGCUGAUAGCGAGUAUUCUAAGAGUAUCAUACUAUUUGAUUACACCAUAUGAAAUUACCUUGCUAAGGCAGUCAUUGGUGAUGAUAUUUAUUCAACUGAUUUUAUUGAAGACAACUUUGCGCUAUAGACCGGAAGAAUACAAAUACCAUAAUUUAAGCGACGUGGAAUCAUUUUCGCAGUUGAUUCACGAUGUAUGGUUCGAAUAUUUUGCAUGUGCUAAGCCUCCAGCGUUCAGUGAGGAUUGGAAAGUAAUGUUGAAAUCUCUCUCUUUCAAAAAUUUGACGGGCUUCGCUAACAAGAUUUUACUGGUGUUAGUUUACAAAUUCUUGAAGUUCUUUGACCCCAGUUAUAAGAGAUUUGGAUCAUUCUGGCAAUGGGACGAGGAUCGAAAGUUCUGGAAAUUCCUAGCCUACUUUGCAACUUUCCAACUCUUGUUGACGUUUUUCAUAUCUAAAGUCUUCAAUUGGGCUACUUUGUCAGAUUGGGUAGGAUCUACUAUAGGAUCCCUGGGGCUACUUAUUGAAUCACUCCUACCUUUGCCACAGAUCGCGAUCUUAUACAAGUUGAAGUCAAUCCAAGGGUUCAAACUGAUAUUAUUGGUGAGUUGGCUUUGUGGGGAUAGCCUGAAGAUUACCUACUUGAUAUAUGGAGCCAAAAAUAUCUCGAUGAUUUUCCUGAUGUUUGCUCUUUUUCAAAUGUCUCUGGAUUUUUACAUUGGUGGACAGUACAUUUACUAUAAGUAUUACUACCCUUCGUUGAGAAACGAAGGGUUGAUUUUAGAUGAAAACGAGUCUACCAUUGAACCUCAGAGAGAAUCAUUCGAGUUGCAAGACUUUAAUUUAAAAAGUGUCGAACACCUCGACCAAGACACUCCACCUCCGAAUCAACAUCCAAGAGGAAGGGCACAUACAUUAUCAGUGUAA